UAAACAUUAUCGUAGUAUAGAAAACAGCUUAGCGUAAGGCAGGAGAGGCAGGAGAGGCAGGAGAGAGGAAAUUUCUAAUUAUCCACCAGGUCUGUCAGUUGAAGCAACGGAAGCGAAUACUGGUUCUAACAUGGACGAAGACAAUACGGACGAAGAUUCUGUUGAAUCUGCACUGGACUUGGAUGUUGAUAUGUUAAAGCAUAUGGUUUCCAGCCGUUUAAAAAGACGUUGUGUUAACUCUUGUAAGUUAACAAGAGGAUUAUAUAACGAAAUACAUCUUUUACAGUUUGAUAAUGGGCCAGAUUGCAUUGCUCGGCUCGCACGCGAUCCAAAUCACCCUGCAGAAAAAAUAGCCAGCGAAGUUGCAACUAUGAAAUAUGUCGCUCAAAACACCAGAAUCAGAGUUCCAGAAGUGUAUGCUUGGGACAGUAAGGCGCAGAAUGACAUAAAAAUUCCGUAUAUCCUGAUGGAACGCCUACCUGGAAAACAUUUAUAUAAGAUUUGGGACAAGUUGAACGCUGAACAGAAAAGGAAUAUUUUAAGUCAAAUUGUUGAUGUGUUAUCUGAGUUGUGGAAAUGCAAAUUUAAAAAGAUCGGGUGUAUUUACAGGAAUUCAUCCAAUUCGAUAAGGUCCUGUAUGACGUUUUUAAAGAAUCUAAUGUUUUACAAAACUAUCCAGCCAUUUAAAAUUGGUCCUAUCGUGAGUCCUCAAUUCUACAUUGAAGGAAGAAAUGAAAUUUUUGAUGCUCCUAGCUAUACUGGCCCUUUUGGAAGCACAAGAGAGUUGUUUUAUACCUUGAUUCGUAAAGAAAAGCAAUUUUUUACAAUUCAUGGUGUACAAGAACUUGCUGAGGAAGAUAAUUUAAAUGAGGCAGAUGCAAAAAAGCGAGUGGAUGAGCUAAAAAAAAAAUUGGACUUGCUUCAAUCCAAACUAUCAAAAGACAACCCUUUUGAUGACUCGAUUGAUAAACCAACAUUUGCUCUCAUUCACGGUGAUUUUGAUGCGCAAAAUAUACUAGUUGAUGAUGAUAUCAAUAUUAUAGGCAUUAUUGAUUGGGAGUUUUCACAUACAGGAACUCUAUGGGAUAUGUGCAAGUAUCCAAUUUGGAUUCAAGAAGUGGAAAAACUUAGAGCUCUUAGUGAUGCAGAGAUGGAGGAGAACCGGGAAAAGAAAGAACUAAGAAAUUACUUCCGUCAAGAGAUGGUGACAAAAUUGGGAGAUAUAAGCGGGCAAAUAUUGGACAAAAGAGAGCGAGACAGGAGAAUUGAAGAUUUGGAAGCCAUGUUUACGCUCAUGGUUCACAGAUUCGAUAUGUUAGAGAACUUGUUAAAGUGCUUUUUUGACGAUCAUUACAAAGCAAGAGAAACGGGUUUGUAUUCUUCGUAAUUGUCUUUGAUAUAUGUUUUUAUUGGUCAACGCAAUUUUUGCAGGUUAUCCAUAAGAUAGAUAUACAGUACCAAUUAUAGAAAAAUAUAACUUCUGUAACUAUUGUUUUCAUUAGGUAUAUUAGUAAUAUGAAGGCGGACUUUGGGUCGAGUUCCUUAAACGUACGCACCGUGCGUACGUACAUCUACCAGAGUUUAGGAGUUAUGCAUUUGCACGUGAUAGCGUUAAACUUAACUCCGGCCGGUGCGUACGUUAAUAUCGUACACAUGAUGCGUAAGUUAAGGAUGCUCCUUUGGGUCACUGGUUGAAUUAUUUUAGAUUAGAUAAAAAUAUAAAAUAAUUAUAACAUCAGUUGAGACAGUAUCAUUAUUAUGAAUAUUAUGUAUGAGAUAAAAGAGUUUAAAAAAAAAGAAUUAUUUUUUUCGCUAGAAUUAGUAAAUGAAUGCAACAAAAUAAAUUGUAAUUUAAUAAUAACC